CCUUUGUGUUUCAUUAUAUGUUAGUAGUUACUAAUACCUGAAACUAAAUGGUCUUCAGAUGUGGGUAACAGAAGCCAUGAAAAUGCUCUUUCCUUUCUGUUUUCCACCUGCCAUGUUUCUCCUUCUAAUUUCUGGAGUUUUUCCAGAAUCCUGUGAAGGAAUUAUAGGAGGAAAUAAAGUGCCACCUCACGCAAGACCCUACAUGGCUCUAAUCAAAGGGCUGAAAAGCUGUGCAGGGGCUUUGAUCAAGGAAAACUGGGUUUUGACGGCUGCACAUUGUGACCUGAAGGGCAAACCUCAAAUUAUUCUUGGGGCACACUCUAUCUCCCACAAAGGCAAAGCUAGCCAAACAUUUUCCAUUAAAAAGGCAAUUCCCUAUCCAUGCUACGAUCCACAGUCAUAUGAAGGAGACCUUCAACUGCUUCAGCUGGAAGGUAGAGCAACUAUUACCAAAGCUGUAGGAAUACUUCCGCUGCCCAAAACAGGAGAAGAUGUCAAACCCCACACCAAGUGUCGUGUGGCAGGAUGGGGAAGUACCAAAAAAGACUCAUGUGGAAUUUCAGAUACCUUGAGAGAAGUCAAUGUCACUGUAAUAGACCGAAAAAUAUGCAAUGAUGCAAAGCACUAUAAUUUCAAGCCAGUUGUUGAGAACAACAUGAUCUGUGCUGGUGGUGAAAAAGGUGAAGAUGAUUCAUGUGAAGGGGAUUCCGGAAGUCCUCUGAUAUGCAGUAACAUUUUCAGAGGUGUCACUUCCUUUGGGAAGUGUGGUGACCCCAAGAAACCUGGUGUCUACAUUCUCCUUACAAAAAAAUAUCUCAACUGGAUAAGGAAAACCAUCAGAGGAGCAAUGUGACAUUCCUUCUUCAAAGUAGAAAGCUGAGGUAGAUACCUGGAGAUGUCAAGCAAAGGGAUUUUAAUUUGGCCUGUCUCAAGAAGCACUCAAGAAUCCUCUUCACUUUGUGUACAAAUUACAGCCUGUCUAAAACAAAAUCUGCCAAUGAAAGAAACUGUUUCCUGCUUUCACACUUAAAUUAGCUAAGACUGCAUCAUCACAUUCACUUUCUAUUCCCUUGAGAAAAACUUCCCCAGUUCAGUUAUUCUUUGCCUUAUUCAGAAUUUUAGGACUAUCACAUUUGUGUUUGAUUUUAAAAGGGAGUCAACCCCAGGAAAAGUUAGAAUAUUCAUUCGUCUUCCAAACAGAGCUCCAAAUAACUGAGGAUAUUUGGAGCCCAAUAUUCCACUCAAUGUGGGAGUUGGGGGAGAGAUGAAUGGGAACUUCACUUCUUACUAUAUACUUCCAUAUACUUUACAUCUUUACUAAAUUUUUAAUUAUAAAGAGUGAAAAAUAUUCAGUGCAUGCUUUAUAUAUUUGGAAAAUUUGAAAGCUAGCAAUAGUUCAGAGCAAUUGCAUCAUUUAUUAAUUACAAAUAGACUAAAGUUUUAUAUGCUAAGAGAUUUCAGUUCAGCCAGCAUCCUGCUGUGUGUUUUCCCUUAGCUAGUUAGCUUAUACAUGCAAGCACUAAGCUUAAUUCUGUUAUUACCAUUAAAUUGCAAUACAUAAUAAAGAAAAAUGACUUCUUAAACCAUC